AUGAAGCUGUUAACCAGAGCCGGCACUCUCUCGAGAUUUUAUUCCCUCAAAGUUGCUCCCAGAGUUAAAGCCUCAGCUGCCCCUGCAGGAGCACUCCCACAGUCUCAAGACCUUGAGUUUACCAAAUUACCAAAUGGUUUAGUGAUUGCUUCCCUGGAAAACUAUGCCCCAGCGUCGAGAAUUGGUUUGUUCAUUAAAGCGGGCAGUAGAUAUGAGGACUCCAGCAAUUUGGGAACCUCUCAUUUGCUGCGUCUUGCAUCCAGCUUGACUACCAAAGGAGCGUCAUCUUUCAAGAUAACCCGUGGGAUUGAAGCAGUUGGUGGUAAAUUAAGUGUGACCACAACAAGGGAACACAUGGUUUAUACCGUGGAAUGCCUGCGAGACGAUAUCGAUAUUCUAAUGGAGUUCCUGCUCAAUGUCACCACAGCACCAGAAUUUCGGCGUUGGGAAGUAGCAGCCCUUCAGUCCCAGCUAAAGAUUGACAAAGCUGUGGCUUUCCAGAAUCCACAGGCACAUAUCAUUGAAAAUUUACAUGCUGCAGCUUACCGGAAUGCCUUGGCUAAUUCCUUAUAUUGUCCUGAUUAUAGGAUUGGAAAAGUGACAUCAGAGGAGCUACAUUACUAUGUUCAGAACAAUUUUACAAGUGCAAGAAUGGCUUUGAUUGGACUUGGUGUGAGCCAUCCUGUUCUAAAGCAAGUUGCUGAACAGUUUCUCAACAUGAGGGGUGGUCUAGGUUUAUCUGGAGCAAAGACUGUCUACCGUGGAGGUGAAAUCAGAGAACAGAAUGGAGACAGUCUGGUACAUGCUGCUCUCGUGGCAGAAAGUGCUCCCAUAGGAAGUGCAGAAGCAAAUGCGUUCAGUGUGUUCCAGCAUGUGCUUGGUGCCGGACCAUAUGUCAAGAGGGGCAGCAACACCACCAGCUCUCUGUACCAGGCUGUUGCCAAGGGAGUUCAACUACCAUUUGACGUUUCUGCUUUUAAUGCUAGUUACUCAGAUUCCGGACUCUUUGGGAUUUAUACCAUUUCUCAGGCUGCAGCUGCUGGAGAUGUUAUCAAGGCUGCCUAUAACCACGUAAAAACAAUUGCUCAGGGAAACCUUCCUGAUGGAGUCAUCCAGAUGGCCAAGAACAAGCUAAAAGCUGGAUACCUAAUGUCAGUGGAGUCUUCAGAGGGUUUUCUGGAUGAAGUUGGGUUCCAGGCUCUAGUCGCUGGUUCAUAUAUGCCACCAACCGCAGUCCUUCAGCAGAUUGACUCAGUGACUGCUGCUGACGUCCAAAAUGCUGCAGUGAAGUUUGUUUCUGGCAAAAAGUCAAUGGCAGCAAGUGGAAAUUUGGGGCAUACACCUUUUGUUGAUGAGUUGUAA